AUAUAUUCAUUUUCAAUCAUUUCAUCUCUCACAAUCCUGUAUCAAAUCUCUACUUCAUCUUUUACUCUAUGUUGGUGCUUCUAGAAUCGCUGUCUUUUCUGUUCACCAUCUCAAUUCUAAAGACUUGCAGUCAAUUUUGAUACAGAAUUUUUAAAGGUCAUGUAUUUUGAGGACAAACCUGGUUACUGCUGGGAGUUCUGUCAUGAUCAUGAACUCGUGAAUUUCUCUGCUGCACUAUGAUUACUCUUUCAUUUUGAUUUUUAUUUAGUUACUUACCCUCUUAACAUAGGUUGUUUAUGAUGACCUAGCAAUCCUGAAGAUAUAUUAUGAAAUAAAAACAAAACUUUUCUGUGAAACAAUUAUUGAACUGAGUGUUAUUGUUUGUUUGUUUUGCAGACUAGACUCCAAGGAAAGGCAUCUUCAUAAGUUUUCAGUAUACUUCUCAAGUUCCCCUAAAGAUUGAUCUGUCUCUAAAGAUCCAUAAGGUUUUGUCCUUGUUAGUAGUGCCUGCUAGGUGCUAGGUAAAAUUGGACCACAAAUAUCUUCCUCAUUCAUUCACUACUCCUUGACUCACAGUUAGCACACAAGUUUUUCUUUGUUGUACCUGUUGUGUUCAUACAUGAUCUGUACUAAGAAGGUUGAAUUACCUUUCUGCUAUUAGAUAGUCCUUAUGAUUGUAAAUGAUAUAGAAAUUUUGACUACCUGAGCAAGUGGUGUUUCAUUGCACCCUACUCUGAGGUACCCUAUGGAGAAUCCAUCAAAAAUCUUGAUGCAAAAAUAUGAAUUAGGAAGAUUACUAGGCCAAGGCACAUUUGCAAAGGUUUACUAUGGAAGAAGCACCAUCACUAACCAGAGUGUGGCUGUUAAAGUUGUUGACAAGGAUAAAGUUAUCAGAACAGGGCAAGUUGAUAAUAUCAAAAGGGAAGUUUCUAUCAUGAGACUUGUUAAGCAUCCCAACAUUAUAGAGCUUUUUGAGGUCAUGGCCACAAAGGCAAAGAUUUACUUUGUUAUGGAAUAUGCCAAAGGUGGAGAACUCUUCAAGAAAGUAGCUAAGGGGAAGCUGAAAGAAGAUGUUGCACACAAAUAUUUCAAGCAGCUAAUAAGUGCAGUGGAUUUUUGUCACAGUAGAGGUGUGUACCAUAGAGACAUAAAGCCAGAGAACAUUUUGCUUGAUGAGAAUGAGAACCUGAAAGUCUCAGAUUUUGGGUUGAGUGCUUUAGCUGAAACCAAAAGACAAGAUCGUUUGCUUCAUACAACUUGUGGAACACCUUCAUAUGUUGCUCCUGAAAUCAUCAAAAGGAAAGGCUAUGAUGGCGCCAAAGCUGAUAUUUGGUCUUGUGGGGUGGUUCUGUUUGUUUUACUUGCAGGUUAUGCACCUUUCCAUGACCCAAAUUUGAUGGAGAUGUAUAGGAAGAUAAGCAAAGCAGAGUUUACUUUUCCUCAUUGGUUCCCAAAAGAUGUGAGGAGAUUAUUGUGCAAGAUGUUGGAUCCAAAUCCUGACACUAGGAUUUCUAUAGCUAAGAUAAUGCAGUGUUCUUGGUUUAAGAAGGGACCAAAAUCAAAUUGUAGACAGAAAAAACAUGAAGGGGGAAACAAGACAGUGGAAACAAAUCAUUCUGAUCAAAGGGAUGAGAGUGAGGAUGGUGUAGCAGUUGAAGAAACGAGGCAAGAGUCGAUUGUUCCUGUGAGUAUAAAUGCCUUUGAUAUCAUUUCCCUUUCAUCUGGUUUUAAUCUAUGUGGAUUCUUUGAAGACAGCAUUCAGAAAAGGGAAGCAAGGUUCACUUCAAGACAACCUGCAUCAGUGAUCAUUUCAAGGCUUGAAGAAAUGGCCAAGAGGCUGAAGCUGAAGAUAAACAAAAGGGCUUCUGGGUUGUUGAAAUUAGAGGGUUCUGAUGAAGGUAGGAAGGGGGUUUUGUCCAUUGAUGCUGAGAUCUUUGAGGUGACUCCAUCUUUCCAUUUGGUGGAAGUGAAAAAAUCAAAUGGGGAUACAUUGGAGUAUCAGAGGAUAUUGAAAGAGGAGGUAAGGCCUGCUCUCAAAGACAUUGUUUGGGUUUGGCAAGGUGAUCAUCAACAAGAGCAAUAUCAACAUUCAUUGCAGCAGCAGAUACAUGAAGAGCAGCAACAUCAAUCACAGUGAUGGCAGACUCUCAGUUUUGGAUAUCUCAUGCUUUUUGUUAAUACAUUUCAUGGUAUGCCAAUUUUUCAAAAUGUUGCUGUUUCUGGCAUAUCUUUCAGGUGCACCAAUGCAAUGAGGUAGCAUAUCUUGUGUCUCAAAUCUGGAUGUAGAUGGUUAGGUUGAACUUUAAUGUAUAGUUUUAUGGUUAACAACA